UUGCAUAUAGGGAAUAAUCAUCUUGUAUGUAUGAUAUAUGAAAGAGCAAACCAAUGUCACAUGCUUGCAUACAAGGCCACAGAAACAUCAGAAGAUAAAACAACAAACAACAACAACAAAAAAACCUCAUGCUUACUUCAAGGUUAAGUUUUAUGAAGUUUUAUGAACUUUUUUUUUGUAUUUUGCUUGAAUAAAACAUUUAUUUAUUUUCAUGAUGUGUAACUGUCCAAUAGUUAUCCACUGAAAGUAUAGCCUUUAGCGAUACACGUAUAUUUAUUCGAUAGGACAGGUGAAAUUGAACGCCACAGAUUCUUGUUACGCUCUGUGCAGUGUAACAGUAUAAAUAUCUGUGAACAUAAUUAUUUGGAACAUACACAUGAGAUACAUCUUGAAAUUGUAUCAUUCAGUUUCUAUGUUAUAACUAGUGUUACAAACAAGUUUGUUUUUUGUACUAUCAGCGCUUGGAUGAGAUCUAAUUAAUCAUAUAGCAAAAUUCAAUUGCCUUAUUCUAAAAUAUUAAUAAGUGUUCUGAAACUAAAGAUUGACCUGACCGGGAGUUAGCAAACCAUGGCAGAUAGAUAUGAUCAUCGGAAUAAAAAGAUUUGUAAUAUUUUUAAAACUGUAAUAAUUUUUCUGGUUUUCCGAAAUGUAUCUAAAUCGGGAGUAUUUUGCAAAAGAAGUGAUUCUCCAUCAACUGCUAAGAAAAGCGAUAAACAGUGGCAAGUAUACAUUGACGUUUCUACAACACCGGACAAUUAUUAUGAAAAUUAUGAAAUUCAGUUGGAAACGUUCAGAAUACAUUCUGAGCACUGUAGUGCGAAAUAUAAGUGCUCAAAGAAUAUACAAAAUGUAUACAAAACAUUUCCGGAUAAGCUAUGUCAUUGCGACAAACUCUGUGGAUUAAUGAAUGAUUGUUGCGGGAAUUAUGGUAAUACAUUAAUGCUAUCAUUGACAAAGGACCAGUUUGAAUGUAUGAUAUUAGAGGAAAUAGUGAAAAACAGAGAUUAUGGUGUUACUAUGGUUACUAAAUGUUCGACUAGAUGGAAACACAAUGUUACAAAAACUUUGUGCGAAGGUGUGUCAAAAAAUGACGAUAUUUUGCAUAGACUUCCGGUUUCAGAUAGAACAAAUUUUAAUAUUAUGUUUAAAAAUAUGUACUGUGCUCAAUGCAACUUUAUCAAUGACUUCCUGUACUGGAAACAAGAAAUACAUUUUAGGAAUGAAACUGGAAUGCGCAGUCUACCGGAAAUGAACAACUAUAUCUUAAACUUUAUCAGACCACAACCGGAAAUAUCAUACAGAAUAUGUCAGAGUUCGCAGUCCAUUAUUUCUACAUGCACACACCCAGAAGAAACAAGUGCGAGUGAUUUAAUUAGGAAUUGCACGGAUGGUGUGUAUGGUAUAACGUAUGAUGAAUCUGGAAUGGUGUAUCGUAACAAAUACUGUGCUUUGUGUAAUGGUGUUGUUGAUAAAUCAAUGCUUUGUGAACAAUUUGUUAUGACACCAACAGGUUCUACUACAAAUGAUACAUCUAGGGUCUACAGCCUCAGGAUGGUUGUAGACAUCAACAUCGGCAUUGUGUAUCACAGUGAGAAGCCAGAGAUUAUACAGCUAUGCAAAGACAAUGAACUCUAUGACAGCCUUUCCCAAAGAUGUAGAGAAAUUGUUUGCGCACCGCCACGUACUGCAAUGAACGGUGUGUGCAGCAGAUUCGUUGUAUCUGAACGAGAAAAUCAUCCAGAUCUUCUUCCUGAAAAUUGUACUUUUACUCAGUUAAAUUUUUCAGAGUUUAAAUUCAUAAACAAUUCUUACUUGCUUAUAUUUUCGCACCGGAAAGUUUAUUCUAAGGAGCAAUUUCACGUAAAUGGAUCAGACGUGUUUAUAUGCCUGAAUAAAACACACCAAUGCUUGCAUGAUUGCAGUGCUACAAAUCCACGGUUUUAUUCGGACAUAGUUGAAGGAUAUAUGACUCUAGUUGGACUUACCGUGUCUAUUUUAGCAUUAGCCAUUACUUUAGCGGUAUAUGUAGCAUUUCCUCAAUUGUUAAACACUCCUGGAAAGAUUUUAGUAAGUCUUAUUAUCUCCCUUCUUUCAGCACAAGUAUUAUUCAUAGCGGCCUUUAAAGCUGAACAACUACCCACACUAUGCACUAUAUUAGGCGUUUUAGUUCAUUACUUCUUCCUUGCUGCAUUCUGUUGGAUGAAUGUUAUUGCAUUUGACCUUUGGAUGACCUUUUCCAACAGGUUUUUGGCGUCUGGGCCUGAAAAUAAAGGAAGGAAAAGAUUUGCUAUAUAUUCUUUCUAUGCUUGGCUUCUGCCCGUUGCGAUAGUCUGUACUGCUGUAAUUUUAGAUUUCAUAAAUAUCGAUGAAACAUUUCAAAGUUUUAAACCAGAAUAUGGCAAAAGGGUGUGCUGGCUUUCUUCGAGAUAUUCUCUACUUCUGUUUUUUGCAGGCCCACUUGCUCUUUGUAAGCUCUUUGACAUAGUUUCUUUCAUUUCCACGGCGAUUCACAUUUCUCGCGCAAAGAAACAGGGAGCCAUAGCAACGAGAAAUAAAAGCACAUGCUCGUUCCUAAUCAAUAUUAAGUUAUCCCUUAUCAUGGGUCUCACAUGGGUGUUUGCUUUUGUAGCAAAUGUUACAAAUGAGACCAUCGUGUGGUAUCUGUUUAUUAUCUUUAACUCUCUUCAAGGUUUAUUUAUUGCAAUUUGUUUUCUAUGUACGAAGAAAGUAUGUCAUCUUAUGAGAGAUAAAUAUAAAAAGAUCACCAUUAAAUACGCAUCUGGUACACAAAAUAGCUCUGUAGUAUAAUUCAGCCUAAAUCUGUAAUAAAAUUACAAUAUCCUUUAGGCAGCUUGUUCUGCGUUGACCUAUUCCAGGUCAACGGUGUCCUGUAUGUCAAACUGAAUAAAUGCAGUAAGCAACUCGGGUUCAAUUUGUUUAUGACCAAAC